AGAGCCAAAUAAUGGCGGGCUGUUCCUCCCCACUCCCAAGUCCCAAACCCCAAACCCUAGCUCCCCCACAGCCAGGCAUUCCCCUUCCAUCGCAACUGCCCCCGCCACCACUCCCCCCUUCCAAAUCCAAACCCGUGCAGAUCGAUGGCGCCGUCGGUGCCGAAGAAAGGCAAGGUGCAUCUCCCGGAGAACGAGGAGGUCGCGGCCGUGCUCCGCGAGAAGCACCGGUCGAUGAAGGACCAGCUUGGCGAACUCACGGAGCACCAGAAUCGCACGCUCUCCACUGCGUACCGCAACGUCUGCUCCGCCAAGGAUCCCAUCCGAACCCUCGACGACCUGCGCCGUAUCAAAGGCGUCGGAGAAUGGGUCAUUCACAUCAUGAAAGACUCCUUUCCAGAGUCCAGCCUAGAUUUGUCUUCUCCAAAAAGCAAUACAUCAGGAGAAAAGGGGAAGAAAAGAAAGCAGACAAAACCUUAUGUGCCACAGAAGAAUUCCGCUGCUUAUGCAAUAGUGAUCACACUCUACAGGGAAAUGAUAAAAGGGAAGGAUGUUAUGUUGAAGAAAGAGCUUAUUGAUGCCGCUGAAGCCAGUGGCCUGUCACAAUUUGCAAUUGGGGCAAACAACUAUAAAGCACAACCGGGGAGUUCUCAGAAGGACUUCUACACUGGAUGGAGCUGCAUGAAGACACUAUUAUCUAAUGAAGUGGUUCAUAAGUGGAGUAACCCUGCAAAGUAUAAGCUAACAGACAAAGGUAAAGAGACUGCUCGUGAUUGUCUCGCACGGUCUGGAUUAGACGAUCCUGCAGGACCUCCAAAGACAACCAGCCAUUCUGAAAAAGUCAUUCUCAGCGAUUCUGAUUCUGAUGAACCAUAUAAAGGGAACAAUCCUCUGAUCGGUUCUGAACAUUCUACUCAAAGGAGCGGUCUUCCAAAAUUGAAAGCACUCAGUCCCAGUUCCCUCAAUGCCAACAAGGAACGGACUACUAAUUUUGGAAAGCCAGCAAGCUCAUGUUCUAAUUCUCCGUUUUCAUCUCAAGGAGUGUCUGGACAGCAAUUGGAUUCUCUACUGGCUAUGCCACUUCGUCGAUCUGAUGAAAAUUUUCUGGAAGCAUAUGAAGUGGUGCUGAUAUUGGAUGAUCGUGAAAAAUUAGGGCCCCAUGACAAAAGAAAAGUUGCUGCUAACAUAAGUUCACAGUUUCGCUUAUCUGUAGAGAUCAGACACUUGCCUGUUGGAGAUUGUAUUUGGAUUGCUCGUCAUAGAGGAUUUGGCACAGAGUAUGUUCUGGAUUUCAUUAUUGAAAGGAAAAAUGUUGAAGAUUUAAUUGGCUCAAUUAGAGACAACAGAUACAGUGAUCAAAAAUUAAGGCUGAAGAAAUGUGGGCUAAGGAAGCUCAUAUACCUGGUUGAAGGUGAUCCAAACACUGUAGAUGCAUCAGAGAGCAUUAAAACAGCUUGCUUCACCACUGAAAUUCUUGAUGGAUUCGAUGUCCAAAGGACCAUAGGGUAUUCGGAUACUGAAAGGAGAUUUGGCUAUCUCACACGCUCGAUAAUUGAUUACUACAGCACAAACUUCUCUACCGGUGCUGAUGCUUCUCGACUUUGCCUGACCUAUGAAGAGUUUGUGAAAAGGUGUUCUGAGAACGAGAGGGUCACUUUGAGUGAUAUAUUCGCAUGUCAGCUUAUGCAGGUGCCACAAGUGACAGAAGAAGCUGCUCUUGCUGUUACAAAUCUCUACCCAACUCUUCACUCACUUGCUCAGGCAUACUCCAUGCUUGAUGGCAAUACGCGUGCCCAAGAGGAGAUGUUGAAGAACAAGAGCAGUAUGGUAAACGCAGGGGCUAGCAGAAACAUCUUCCAGCUUGUGUGGGCUUAAGGAUGCUCCUGGUUUCACACUAACGGUUUAGCUGGUCUUUCGGUCAUCGUUCGUGAUGAUUUUGUGCCAUCGUUUGUGAAGAUCCCUUGUUUACUCUAGCAUGGUGGUGUCUUAUGUGCCAUGGCGCCCUUGAAAAACUUGGUAUCAGUUCAUGUAACCACUUAAAAAAGGGUCCUCCCUUUAGAUUACCUCUACUUACCGUGCAAUGUAUUAGUUCACUAGCGUUCAGUGUAUGUAUAGCUGGCACAAGUAAUCCCAUAUAAAUUAUUGAGUACCAUAUAAAUGCAAGUCCUUUUGAGUUGAUA